AUGAGUCGUGCCGUGGACGGUCUGUCGCAGUCGUGUACGACCGAAGACGAGAUCAAUCAGCUGGCUCGCGUGCAUCUGGAUCAGCUGAAUCUGGAGCAGGCCAAAUGGGACAGUCAGCUGGCCGGGCUCAAGCAGAGCCAGCGGUCACACUACCGGCAGUGGGUCAUGGAUCGGCAGACAACGGCCACCUCGCCACUGAGUUCGCCGCUUGGUAGUCUCUCAUCGAAAACGUUUCUGGAUAACAGUGACUCAACCCUGGACACUGCGGGUCCCGCGCUACAGGAGAGCUUCACCAUCCACCUCGGGUCUCAGAUGAAGCAGAUGCAUAACAUACGGGUUCUCUCCACUGAUAUCAUGGAAUUCUGCCGUCUCAAGAGCGGUGAACCCCAACCACAGAGAUUGCAAGCUGCUUUGGGUCUGUACUCCAAUGAUCUAUGCGGAAUUGUCCUUCUGACUGAUAGUAGUACCGAGUUUCACUUUGCGCCGGUUGAUGAUCAGCUGGAGCAGGUGAAGGCAACAAUCAAAGAUGGCGUCGCCUGGCGUCGCAAGCAUAUGAUGCAAGACUCGCCCCAACAGUUCCUCAAUCUCACCUCCACUGAGCAACAGUCUCGUCGAUCGAGCACUAAAAACCUGCAAACCGGCGAUGUUUAUUUGACACACCACUCGAAUUUGGCCGAAGUUCAUGUCGUAUUCCAUAUGGUGGUCGACGAUUCAGUUCGUUCAAAUGAUAUAAACUCAAGGCAUCCAGCUAUACUUGGACUGAGAAAUAUUCUGAAGACAGCUUGCUCCAAUGAUAUAACCACUAUUACUUUACCGCUGCUAUUGAUGCAUGAAAUGACAGAAGAAAUGACAGUGAACUGGUGCACAAAGAGAGCAGAACUGGUGUUCAAAUGUGUGAGGGGAUUCAUGAUAGGAGUGGCCUCCUGGGGGGCUCUGAUCUCAAAAAUCUUCAAUUUCUAG